AUGAACGCUUUAACGACGACGCUCAAACCCUGCCAAAACAAACCCGCGCGAGGGGGAAGAGGAGGAGUAAAAGUGGCCUCAUCCUCCUCUUUGCCGCAGAGAAGAAGGUUUAUUCGGCGUCACAACGGGGGCGGGAUGUGCGGCGCGCUUGGGAAAUCAUCAACUGUAUCUCAUUAUCCAAAAGAAGUUAAAGAAGAACAGAGAGACGAGAAGGAUGCGAGCACGAGUGAUGUCGCGCUCAAUCCGCCAGUAAGAAGAAGAAGAGCGGUGAUGGUUGGUGUUGCGAGGAGUGUGUUGUUUGGCGCGGCAUCGUGCGUCCUCGCGGAAAGUUUUGUUCGGGAGGACGUCCAGGCAUCCGAAGACGUGGAGGAUGAAACUGCACCACCGCUCAACGAAUUCACGUUCAAAACGUUCACGCUGAGAGCGCCUGGGUUUUACAAAGAGGUAGACGUCGAUUACGAUAAAGGACGCUUAUCUGGUGCGAACGGUUUAGAACUUCUAAUUAGAGAUUCCCGGUUCGGUUUGGCCGGGAACACGAUUACUUUGAGCAAACAAGGCAGUCCGAUCGAUCCGAACACGAAGCAACCGCUCUUCUCGAAGACGGAAGACUUGGGCGACGUCGACGCGGUGGCGGAGAAGUUAGUAGCGGGGGAGAAUCAGAGGAAUAAAGGCGCAAACGCGAUUUUGAAAGAAUCGAAAAAAGGUACCGUGGACGGGACGACGUAUUACGACGUCAGUUAUACGAAGAAGGUGAAAUUUGUGGAUAGAAUUGUGAGGACGAGGGUGUGCGUGCACGAUAACGUGUUGUUCACUUUGACGGUUGAAACGGACUUGGAACGCGGUACCGGGGAGGAGGCGCAAUCGUUGGACGAUAUCGUGACGAGCUUUAGAGUACUUUAG